GGUAGUUCAAACCACAUAACACCUACUUUAUAAAAGAAAGUUAAAUAAGUGAUUUUGAAGGUCUGGUUGAUAGGCAACCAACUAUUCUUAUAUAGUUAGUACUGAUUAAUACCACAGAGUGGCGCUGAUGCAGGAUUUUCCCGACGUUCUUUUUGGCAGUCCAAUUCUCAAUGCUUUGACGUUGAUGUACUCGUAAUUUUGAAUCGAAAGUUGAAUUUCGUGCGGCGCCGGCGUUUUUAUUACAUUUGUGUCCGUGAUACUGAGAUCUAUUGAGCGUUAAACUGAAUUUAUAAACUUAAUCUUUGUAAUGGAGGCUUAUCGAAAGCGGGGAUUUAAAAGGUGCGUGGUGCCUGGUUGUACUGAUACAACCAGUAAAAGGCAUACAUUUCCUAAAUAUGACGCCGCUCUUUUUCACAAAUGGAUCGAGCAAGUGCAAAAUCCAGUUUUGAGCGAUAGAAGUCUCGAACAAACUUAUAGAAGCCAAUUGGUGUGUGACUUGCAUUUUUUGAAAAGUGAUAAAGUGCCUGGAACAAAGAGAGGUCUGACAAGAACAGCUUUUCCUGUAUUACAUCUUCCAGAACCUCAAUUUUCAAGCAUGGUUUUGGAAAAUGUCCAGAGUAGUCUCAAAAGUCAUGAAGGGAGUAGAGAAAUUGCUAAUCCAUUGGCUGCAAAAAUGACAGAUGCCCUCAAAACAAUCCUAUUGAAGAGUUCUUCAACAGACAACAAGUUGGUCCAAGAAGACACUAAGUAUAUAUGAAGAAGGCAUACAAAAACUGUGAGAACCAAAAAGGAGUACUACAGGAGUUACAGAUUAUAGGAGAGGCCAGGGCUGUUUGGCAUCAUAGAAGUUAUUACCUGAACUGGGCCAAAAAUGUGCUGUGAUAUAUUUAGUGGACAUUUGCAUGGAUGCUCCAUUUUUACUUUGAAUCUUCAUUUUUCAAAACAUUAUGCAUAUACGUAGAAGUGAUGUAAUUCAGAAAAGUGAUGUUACAUUAAGAAGACUGAAUAAACUUGCUUAACAAAUAUUUUAUUUUUGUUUUGGUAAAAACCUAUCCAAUACAUGUUGUGGUUUGUUCUGUUUAGCACAUUCUGUAUUUUCUUUUAAUAUUUCCUUUUUCUUCUUGACAAAUUCCUUCGUUGCUUCCUCUUGCAGUAUCUUCUUG